AUGCCGGUAGUGGUGACUUCCGAUCAGAAGGAUCAACACCUCUCACUACGGGAAACGAGCGACGAGUGCUGCGACUCUGCUAAACGCGAAACCAAUGCCCUGCAGCGUAAAACGGGUCGUCCAGCAGGCAGGCAAGAUUGGAUCAUUGAACCAUUGGCCGUUGCUGUGAUUUAUGAAAACAAUCAACGCAACGGACUCGAACGAGGAACCAUCGUCGACCGGCCGGCCGCAGGGGUUGAUGAUACGUUUCGGUAUCUGAACUCAUCCGAUCAGUUUCUUCGGAACAAAACCAACAUCGCUGGCUCCGGUAUCAUUCCAUCGUCGGUUUCGCGCAAUAACACGAUGCCAUAUCCGCCCGAAAACCAAGUGUCACCUUGCUGGGACCGGGAGAAGAGCCCCUUGGUAGACCUGUGCACCACCGCUGCUGAUAAUGAUCAGCGCGCCGGUCCGCAUGGGCCGCAUGGGCCGCAAGGACCACAGGGCGAACACAGUCCCCAGGGUCCGCAUGGUGCACAAGGACCGCAAGGACCACAGGGCGAACACAGUCCCCAGGGUCCGCAAGGCGCACUAGGUCCACAAGGUCCACAGGGUCCGCAAGGUCCACAGGGUCCGCAAGGUCCACAAGGUCCACAAGGUCCACAAGGUCCACAUGGAGGACAGACCGCGGGAGCAUAG